AUGAGAACACACCCAAUAGUAAAAGGAAGGAGGGAGAGACAGUAGAGUGAAUUAACAGGGGACAUAUAGUGAGAUGAGAUGCACCCCUUUAACCAAACAGACACAACCGAAGUUGAGAGAGGACACCAGGAGCGAGACACAUUUAUUUCAGUUACCUGAAAACGUUAUUGAUGUGGAAGUGGUGGGUUUGUGUAUUAUUGGGUGUGUCUAGCCUGGCUAAAUUCAGUUCAUUCUCAGAGAUGCUGAUGGAGCUGUGUAUUCUUGGGAUUUCAGAAAAUCACUUGUUUGUUCUCGGCUUGAGACACUCAAAUCCGCUGAACCAAGCAACUCACUAGUCUAGUAGCCUAGAGUUAUUCAGAGCGCAGAACAGAUUCAGGUAGCUUCCGAGAAAAUCUCUCCUGCACACCUGAGACAAUUAGACAUAACUGUUCUGCAAAGCAAACAGCUGGACAUAACUGUGCUUACAGUAUACGACGGAAGUUUCAGUCGUUUGGCAGAUCAAUACGAUUGUCUUCAACCGCGCGCUCGUUCUAUGGGUCAGUUAUCCACGCAUAACUAGUUCUCGACUCCUACCUGUCUCCACUUGAGUAUUGAUCCUGCAGCUAUAUAUCGAAAAGUCAGCAUCAUUCACCACAGCAAACAAAAGACACAUCAAGAAACAUGGACACUCCAGGUGGAGGUGUUAUUCUGUAUGCGCGCUCCUCAGGCAGCGGCAGCCCUAGCCCUGGCAGCCCGUCCAGUGGGUACCAGACCCAGUCCCCCUCCUCCACCCUCUCCCAGCCCUCCUCCCCAGAGGAGAUCACCUUCACAGAACUCAGGCCCCUGGGGUCCCUGAAGGGCCAGAGAGGGGGAGGAUGCACACCUCCAUCCUCCAAGCUGGUGUUCCACUUCCCAGAAGUCUACAAUGUGGCUACAUCAACGUCCACCCACCAGCACACAUACCAACACCCCAUCGCUGGGAAAAGGCCUAGUGGAUUCACAGGACCUUUCACCAAGACUGGUGGUAUGGUGCUCCUGUGUACAGUGUGUGGAGACAUUGCAUCUGGGUUCCACUACGGAGUGCACGCCUGUGAGGGUUGCAAGGGCUUCUUCCGUCGCAGCAUUCAGCAAAACAUCAACUACAAGAUGUGUGUGAAGAACGAGAACUGCCUCAUUAUGAGAAUGAACCGCAACCGCUGCCAACACUGUCGCUUCAAGAAAUGCCUCUCCGUGGGCAUGUCCAGAGAUGCUGUGCGUUUUGGCCGUAUCCCUAAGAGGGAGAAGCAGAGGCUUCUGGAUGAGAUGCAAAGCUACAUGAACAGCCUGAACGAGUCUAACACCAUGGACAUAGAGUCCUCCCCCAUCUCCGAAUCCCCUCCCAGCCCAGCAGAGGUUCCUUCCAAAGAGGCCAUCAGAGCCAUCUCACGGGCCUAUCAGGACAUCUCUUCCAGCAGCCAAGACAGGGCAGCCAAGAGGGAACUCAACAUCACCAACUUACCAACAACAUCUCUGUUCAAGAGCAACACAUCUCAGGAGACCAGCUACACCAAUGGCUCCUCCCACCUCGGGUCUGACUCCACCCAGGGGUACCAGUCCUGUCCUGCAGGCCUUGCCCCUCACUGCCCAGACACUAAUGACAACCACCAUACGUUCCCCUCUGUGGACAAAAGAGGCUAUAGUUGCCCCGCUACUUUGUCCAAUCAUGACCACGGACAGUCUAAUGUGGGCACACCUCAACGAGGCAGCUCGGCCAAUCACAACAGUUUUUCCAUGAAGGAAGAGACCCAAGAGCCCCAAACUCAGACAUCCUGUCCGUGGAAAUUAGCUGCUGGAACCAAAGUGCUGGCCUGUCCUCUCAAUGCGUGUCCUGUAUCUGCGGCCAGUCGUUCUGGACAGCAGAUAUGGGAGUCUUUCUCCCAGUGUUUCACCCCGGCAGUGAGGGAAGUGGUGGAGUUCGCUAAGGGUAUCCCUGGCUUCCAGGAGCUCAGCCAGCACGACCAGGUCAUGCUGCUCAAAUCAGGCACCUUCCAGGUGUUGAUGGUGAGGUUCUGUACAAUGUUUAACCCUGAGGAGCGGACGGUGACCUUCCUGAAUGGCCAGACGUACCCUCUGUCCACCCUGCGGGCGCUGGGGAUGGGGGCGCUGCUCGACGCCAUCUUUGACUUCAGUGAGAAGCUGGGAACUCUGAGGCUGGAGCCUGAUGAGAUGGCUCUGUUCAUGGCCGUGGUGCUGGUCUCUGCAGACCUUUCUGGCAUCGUUGAUAUGGGGGCAGUAGAACAGCUCCAGGAGGGGUUAAUCCGUGCUCUGCAUUCCCUCAUCCACUGCCGUCGUCCCGAAGAGAGCGCGUCCAUCUUCCCCAAGCUGCUCCUGCACUUGCCCGAUCUGCGCACCCUCAACAACCUGCACUCCGACAAGCUGCUGGCCUUCCGGAUUGACUCAUGAACAGCCCUGAACACACACACACACACACACACACACACACACACACACACACACACACACACACAGCAAUUCAGAACUCACCGACCACUCUCAGGGCAAGACUUCUCAGGAGAUUUAGGGACACUAGGGCAAUCCAUCAACAACAACAAAAAUGUUCAAGAAGCAUGUUUGAAAAAGGACAAUAAUGAAUAUAUUGAUCUCCAUCCUGUUUUCAUGCACAGUUAUGCACACACACACACACACACACACAAACAAACAACCUCAAGAUCUACACUUGGGGAAAGAUGGCCUGUUAGAACGUACAUCAGUGUUUUAGGCUUACCGUUACCCUUUUGGACAGAUCAGAUGUGUAUGGUAGUUUACCCGUUGUUUUCCAGUCUUUAGGAAACCAAAAGCCAGUUCACUUACUUGUUUAACUUAUUCCUAAUCUCCUGACCAUUGCCAAACCACAGUUGAGAGAGAAUCAGAGAGGAAGAUGUUUGUGGACAAUGACAAGUUUAGGGACAAUUAUUGGUGACUGAAUGUGUGGGUGUUAGUGUUUGUAUAAGAGAAAGGGACCCUGUAUAUAAUAAUAAUACAUACCAUUUACACUUAAGAUCAUAUGACUCCCAUUUCACUUAUAAACACAUCUGGGGUUUAAAUAUACAAGUAAGUCUCAAAUAUAUUAAACAGACUAAUUGCAUAUAGAAAUGCGAUAUUCUGUAGAUUGGCAAAUCAAAUUGUAUUUGUCACAUACACAUAUUUAGCAGAUGUUAUUGCGGGUGUAGAGAAAUGCUUGUGUUUCUAGCUCCAACAGUGCAGUAAUAUCUAACAAUUCACAACAAUACACACAAUACACACAACCUACAAGUAAAAGAAUGGAAUUAAGGAAUAUAUAAAUAUUAGGAUGAGCAAUGUUGGAGUGGCAUAGACUAAAUACAGUAGAAUAGAAUACAGUAUAUACAUAUGAGAUGAGUAAAACAAAAAUAUGUACACUACCGGUCAAAAGUUUGGGGUCCCUUAGAAAUUUCUAAUUUUUUGUUUAUUAAAAUAACAUCAAAUUGAUCAGAAAUACAGUGUAGACAUUGUUAAUGUUGUAAAUGACUAUUGUAGCUGGAAAGAGCAGAUAAAAAAAAUUGGAAUAUCUACAAUUGAGGUCGGAAGUUUACAUACACUUAGGUUGGAGACAUUAAAACUUGUUUUUCAACCACUCCACAAAUUUCUUGUUAACAAACUAUAGUUUUGGCAAGUCGGUUAGGACAUCUACUUUGUGCAUGACAAGUAAUUCUUCCAACAAUUGUUUACAGACAGAUUAUUUCACAAUUCCAGUGGGUCAGAAGUUUACAUACACUAAGUUGACUGUGCCUUUAAACAGCUUGGAAAAUCCUAGAAAAUUAUGUCAUGGCUUUAGAAGCUUCUGAUAGGCUAAUUGACGUAAUUUGAGUCAAUUGGAGGUGUACCUCUGGAUGUAUUUCAAGGCCUACCUUCAAACUCCGUGCCUCUUUGCUUGACAUCAUGGUAAAAUCUAAAGAAAUCAGCCAAGACCUCAGACAAAAAAUAUCCUCUGGUCUGAAGAAACAAAAAUAUAACUGUUUGGCCAUAAUGACCCUCGUUAUGUUUGGAGGAAAAAGGGAGAUGCUUGCAAGCCGAAGAACACCAUUCCAACCAUGAAGCACGGGGGUGGUAGCAUCAUGUUGUGGGGAUGCUUUGCUGCAGGAGGGACUGGUGCACUUCACAAAAUGGAUGGCAUCAUGAGGAGGAAAAUUAUGUGGAUAUAUUGAAGCAACAUCUCAAGACAUCAGUCAGGAAGUUAAAGCUUGGUCGCAAAUGGGUCUUCCAAAUGGACAAUAACCCCAAGCAUACUUCCAAAGUUGUGGCAAAAUGGCUUAAGGACAACAAAGUCUAGGUAUUGGAGUGGCCAUCACAAAACCCUGACCUCAAUCCUAUAGAACAUUUGUGGGCAGAACUGAAAAAGCGUGUGCGAGCAAGCAGUACAACUGUACAAAUCUGACUCAAUUACACCAGCUCUGUCAGGAGGAAUGGGACAAAAUUCCCCCAACUUAUUUUGGGAAGCUUGUGGACGGCUACCCGAAACGUUUGACCUAAGUUAAACAAUUUAAAGGCAAUGCUACCAAAUACUAAUUGAGUGUAUGUAAACUUCUGACCCACUGGGAAUGUGAUGAAAGAAAUAAAAGCUGAAUUAAAUCAUUCCCUCUACUAUUAUUCUGACAUUUCACAUUCUUAAAAUAAAAUGGUGAUGCUAACUGACCUAAGACAGGGAAUUUCUACUAGGAUUAAAUGUCAGGAAUUGUGAAAAACUGAGUUGAAAUGUAUUUGGCUAAGAAGUAUGUAAACUUCCGACUUCAACUGUACAUAGACGUGCAGUGGCCCAUUAUCAGCAACCAUCACUCCUGUGUUCCAAUGGCACGUUGUGUUAGCUAAUCCAAGUUUAUAAUUUUAAAAGGCUAAUUGAUCAUUAGAAAACACUUUUGCAUUAAUGUUAGCACCGCUGAAAACUGUUGUGCUGAUUUAAAGAAGCAAUAAAAAACUGGCCUUCUUUAGACUAGUUGAGUAUCUGGAGAAUCAGCAUUUGUGGGUUCGAUUACAGGCUCAAAAUGGCCAGAAACAAAGAACUUUCUUAUGAAAGUCGUCAGUCUAUUCUUGUUCGGAGAAAUGAAGGUUAUUCCAUGCGAGAAAUUUCCAAGAAACUGAAGAUCACGUACAACGCUGUGUACUACUCCCUUCACAGAACAGCGCAAACUGGCUCUAACCAGAAUAGAAAGAGGAGUGUGAGGCCCCUGUGCACAACUGAGCAAGAGAACAAGUACAUUAGAGUGUCUAGUUUGAGAAACAGACGCCUCACAAGUCCUCAACUGGCAGCUUCAUUAAAUAGUACCUGCAAAACACCAGUCUCAAAGUCAACAGUGAAGAGGCGACUCCGGGAUGCUGGCCUUGUAGGCAGAGUUGCAAAGAAAAAGCCAUAACUCAGACUGGCCAAUAAAAAUGAAAGAUUAAGAACACAGACACUGGACAGAAGAAGAUUGGAAAAAAGUGUUAUGGACAGACGAAUCUAAGUUUGAGGUGUCACAAAGAAGAACAUUCGUGAGAUGCAGAAAAGAUGCUGGAGAAGUGCUUGACGCCAUCUGUCAAGCAUGGUGGAGGCAAUGUGAUGGUCUGGUGCUUUGGUGAUGGUAAAGUGGGAGAUAUGUACAGGGUAAAAUGGAUCUUGAAGAAGGAAGGCUAUCACUCCAUUUUGCAACGCCAUGCCAUAUCCUGUGGACGGCACUUAAAUUGGAGCCAAUUUCCUCCUACAACAGGAUAAUGACCCAAAGCACAGCUCUAAACUUUGCAAGAACUAUUUAGGGAAGAAGCAGUCAGCUGGUAUUCUGUCUAUAAUGGAGUGGCCAGCACAGUCACCGGAUCUCAACCCUAUUGAACUGUUGAGGGAGCAGCUUGACCGUAUGGUACGUAAGAAGUGCCCAUCAAGCCAAUCCAACUUGUGGGAGGGGCUUCAGGACGCAUGGGGUGAAAUCUCUUCAGAUUACCUCAACAAAUUGACAACUAGAAUGCGAAAGGUCUGCAAGGCUGUAAUUGCUGCAAAUGGAGGAUUAUUUGACGAAAGUCAAGUUUGAAGGAAACAAUUAUUUAAAUUAAAAAUCAUUAUUUCUAACCUUGUCAACGUCUUGACUAUAUUUCCUAUUCAUUUUGCAACUAAUUUCAUGUAUGUUUUCAUGGAAAACAAGGACAUUUCUAAGUGAUCCCAAACUUUUGAACAGUAGUGUAAACAUUAUUAAAGUGGCCAGUGAUUUCAAGUCUAUGUAUAUGGGACAGCAGCCUCCAAGGUGCAGGGUUACGUAACCCGGGUGGAAGCCGCCUAGUGAUGGUUUUUUAACAGUCUGAUGGCCUUGAGAUAGAUAAAAGUUUGUGAGGGUUUUAGGUGCCAAGCCAAAUUUCUUCAACCUCCUGAGGUUGAAGAGGCACUGUUGCGCUUUCUUCACAACACUGUGUGUGGGUAUAUUGUCUACAUCAGGAAUCACAUCAGGUGUAAUGGAGACAGAACCAGAACUUUGUCUCCAAGCAUGUUGGGUUUGUUUUGAUUAUUUUGUUGUUGUAAAUAAUAUUGUGUUAUUCAAAUGUCUCUGUAUUAAUAACAAUAUAUGUCAGAUCUGCUGGGCAAGAUCAGAGUGUAUAAGAUAAGUCUAUGGAUCAGAGAUUAUAGGAACAUAAUGGAGUAUCUGUAAAGGGUGGGGGUUGGCAAUGAAGAAGUGGAUUAUGCACAGGAGAAAAUUAUGUUGGAGAGGGCACUGUAUUGUAUUGGUGAAAGGGACUGUGCCAGUAACACUCACCAUGGUGUCAGGUCAGAUGAGGUACCAAACCAACGGAAUCACUGCAUUCACCAGCACUCCUCACUCCACAACCCACAAAGUGCACCUUCUCCCCUAUCCCCAUCCAAGGUUUGUCAUACAAACUGAAAAAAGAUACUUUCAAGGUGGAGGAUCUCAUUUGAUUGCUACAGAUCUGAUCCACUCACUGCUAGUUGAGAUUAUGGUUGAUUGAGCACAUCUUCUACAUUUUGUAAAUUGCUAUUUCUUCCAUAUAAUAAGAUAUAAAGAUGAAAUGAUGUACCUAUUGAA